AUGUGCGGGAGAAGCAGGUUUCUCGGGCGAGCCUUCAGGGUCGUUUGGGAGGAGGCGAGGUCAAAGGACGGGAGAUCGUAUGCAAGAAACGAAAAGAAGCUUCCUGGCAUAGGCAAGCUGCUAUUUGAGACGCCAUCCGGCUUCGCGGUUUUCUCUUUUCUUCUGGAAUACCUCCACGAAGAUAUUGAGCACAUCUGGCACUACUUCGUGGGCGAUUAUUGGCACAAUAAUUUCCUCUGGCUGCAUGAUUUCCAAAAGUUCGAGGAUAAGUCCAAUGCCAUCAACAUCACUACCAGGGAAAUAGACGGCAACCUGACCAGAAUGCUCUGGGAUUACUGCCUCCCUGAAGAAGUAAUCGUUGUUGGAAGGCCUGAAUAUAAAUCGAUAAUCAAAGAGAAACUGAGGCGAAACUGUGUGUACAACGAGAGAGUGAUGGAGGUCAUGUGGGGCAUGCAGAAUCUCUUGCCUAUUUUAAUCCCUCAAGAACAAUCUAAGUUCACUAAGGCGGACCGGCUCCCCAUAUGCAAGGGAUUGGAUAUGGUCUUAUCUCGACACGGCAUUGAUAUGGUCAAGCGAGAGAUGGUGUAUCAUGCUGAUUUACGGGAAAAGGAACAUUCGAGGUUUUUGCACAGCAGCCUUGAUAAGGAUCUGAAGGCCAUUUCUGGAUUUGAUGCCAAGGAUUGGGAUUCGUUGUUCUCGGCUGAGGAACUUGCAUUGAUCAUUCGUGAUGCACCUAAAUAUGAAGAUCUGAUAGACAGGGCCACAAUCUCGAAAAUCUACAAUGACAUUGUUGCUCUCCAUGCCUAUGUGGUGAAAGUGCUGUUGAAAUUGCGCCACUUGGUUAAGAAGGCUGAAGCUGCACUGAAAACUGAAGAUGUGCUGGAGAAGGCUACAAGAAAUGGGGCCGACUCCAUGCAGCAAGUUGACCAUACAUGUUUAGCAGUAGAUCUGGUGGAAGUACCCCAACAAAGUAGCAUUGGUGAGGAGCAACAAUGUCAUAUCAUAGGUGAGAAUUCUCAGCUCUUGGUUGUGUGA